AUGUCAAGGUGGCUCGUCAAUAAUGACGAUGAGCACUGGGGGGCGGAUUGGGACUCUGACGUUUCCAUGGACGACAUUCCUGCGGUUCACCCCAAUGAUCCCGUGUACCUUUUCGACAAUCCAAGCAGUUUUGCGAACAGACACGGCAAUGGUACCCGCGCCGAGUUUAAUUUUGAGAGAGUCGCGAUCAACAGUUUUAACAAAAAACUGCGGGUUUUCUAUGCUUGGCCCAUCAUCAUCCUUGGUCACGAUGGCAUCAACGACAACUGGCUUUUCUUUGUCCAGACUGGAGCUGAUGACUCAAUGCUACCCAAAGAAGGCGAGAACUGCAUCAUGAAGCUUCCAUGGGCCGACAUCAGAUACGAAAAGGAGAGCAAGGACGGCAAGAAGUUUCAUACAGAGACCAGGUUCAUUUCGAAGCAAGCCUGUCGAGUGGAAAAUCCAUGUUCUCGGUGGAGAAUCAAGGACGAUUACUGGGAACGGACAAUGGCAUUCGAAGUCGCCAUUCCAUCCAACCGUCUCCUUCCCUUCAAGGCAAUCAUUAAUCCAGAAGAUGCGGAGAAAGGCUUCUCUAGAAUUCCUCGACCGAAAAGCUCUGAACUACACGUCGCGUUCGAGCUCCGAUUGUCUUGCUCCACCAGUGGUGCAGAACUCAACGCUCUGGACAAAUUCAAGGAGGCUCUGGGGACUUCUCCAUCAAAACUGUCACCAGAAAUGGCAUAUCGAAGGCCAGCAUUCAGAUUCCUACUCCAGUUCCACCCACAAAGCUAUUUAUCUCUGUUCCGAGUGUUCCCUCACUUGGCAGAUCCCUUUCAAAGACCAGGGAAGGUCCCCAAAGAACUCAUGAAGAUGCUCGGAGCAAUGAACCCUCAGCAGAAAGCAGCAUAUAAGGACGGACUUUCUAAGAUCCCUGAUAGAGUUUGCUUCGUGGCCGGCGGACCUGGGGCAGGCGCAACCGACGUCGCCAACAAGCUGGUGGAGACAUUCAAGAAGUUAGGGCUAAAGCGCAAUGUCAUUCGCAUGUACUGCUGGAGCGAUGAAAUGAACUCAGCUACUGAGAAUCUACUUGAGACACAAAAGCAAGAGCUCUACUACCGCAUGACACGGAAGGGCCAGGGCGAGGAACAGCAAAACAAAGAUGGCCCAUUGUCCAAGUAUGACAGCGAGAAAGAUGAAAGCAACAAGACGCGAGUUCGAAGAUUCACUCCACCAUUUUUCACAUCUGGAUGCCGUUCCAAAUCGCAUUACAAGGAUGAAAAGGACAGCCGCAGGGCUCCAACGCUCGAAGAGGCGGUCGCGGCGUUCUACGAGGAGCACAAGGAUACGACGUACGCAGAGCUCCAAGACCUGUCAACCGUCAAUAGUAGGGGCUUGGAGGAUCUGAGAAACCAACUGGUCGAAAGGGUCUACAAGGACUUCCUCAAAGUCGUCGAUGUCGUCGUCACGACACCUGUCACGGCUAGCAAGUUCGCGCCCUCUCUGAGAGUGUUUGACCCUAAACUAGUCAUCUUUGAUGAGGCGCCGCAUGCGUGGGAACUGUCGAUUAUGAUACCUAUCGCAAACUUCAGCCCCGAAGCCUGGAUCUUCACGGGAGACCACCGCCAGACCAAGCCAUACGUUGGGUCUUACGGAUCUCAUCGUAACGUCAACAAACACGCCUUGCAGCUCAGAACGUCAACAAUGGAGCGGGCUUUUAAGGCCAAUCCGAACAUGCCAUCGCUACUAAUCAACCACCGUGCCAGAGGCAACCUACACGAGCCUGCCUCGAGCAUGUUCUACGGCGGCAAGAUGAUCCCGGCAAUCGAAGCAGGAAGCUCUGGCGCCAUCCCACCCAGCACCGAGCAUCUCCGGAAGACUUACAUCAUGCCAAUGAAGGGAGAAAAUGGCCGGCAGGUCUCACGCCUCCUCACAGUUCUACAAUGCGCCCAUUUCGACCGCGAGGAAAGCAGGGUCCAGGGCAGCCUGUUCAACCAAUCUCACCAGGACUGGGUUGAGAGACUGGGCAGCAUCGAGUACAGGAAGAUGAUCAAUGACCUGAGGCGAACUCCCUCAGGUCUGAACGGCUGCGUCGUGGAGGCUAGGACAACUGACACCGCACAGGGCCACGAGGCGGACGCGGUGAUUCUCGACUUUGUCAGUGACUGGAUCACAAAGCACCUAGAGGACCCGAACCGCCUCUGCGUUGCAUUGUCGCGGGCGAGACAGGCCGAGUUCAUCCUCAUGCACAAGGACAUGGAGGAUAAGCUUGAAGACCACGAUAAAUAUGCCCAGGGCCCCCUGGGAUACAUGCUGAGGCAUUGCAAGCGUUCUGGCGAGUUUGUGCGGCGUGUCAAGAAACAGGUCUUUACGGUCUAG